AUGACGUUCAAGAGGAGAAACGGGGGACAAAACAAGCAUGGCAGGGGCCACGUCAAAUUCAUUCGCUGCUCCAACUGCGGCAAAUGCUGCCCCAAGGAUAAGGAGCAACGAUUCCUUGUCUAGAACAUCGUAGAAAAGGCUGCGGUUCUUGAUGUUCAGGAAGCUAGCGUUUACGAUGCCUACAAGCUCCCGAAGCUGUAUGCUAAGAUGCAAUACUGUGUCUCCUGCGCUAUCCACUCUCAUGUGGUUCGUGUGAGGUCCCGCACUGAUGGCCGCAAGCGUGAGCAUCCUCAGCAUUUCAGACGCAGGGAUGAUAUGGGAAAGCCGGGACAGGGUCGACGCCCACCUGGUGCUGCAAAUCCUGUCCGCCCAUGAUGAGUUUUUGUUCUUUAGUUUCUGGAUUUUUUAAUU